AUGCCUCCUAAGAUGUCUGCAACCAAUGACUUCAUGUUAUCCGAGGAUUACUCGAAUAUUUGUGACAAAUAUGAUUAUUCGAAUCCAACCUUUAUGCAUCGUGCUUGUGGCGCAUUAGCUGAUUGA